AUGUCGGAUCUAGACGUUCUCCACACCCGCCUGUCGAAUGCUCACCUCCUUGCCCAUCAUCAAUUUGAACUGCAUCCCACUGGAGGUGUCUCUUACAGACCUCACCCAACUAAAUCCACCCGCCACGGACGCCAGCCAUCGCAUUCGCUUUUACCCCACAUCCAAUCAUCACCUGACGCGAAGGGGCCAGGUUUAGUGGAGCUCACAAAAAAAGAGAUAGACAGCUUCCAGUCGCUUGAUGUACCAAGCGCACUUUGUUGCAUACAAAGGGAAGAAUCAGGCCUGAGUCCAUUCUUUGUCCAAUUCAAGAGUCUGAAUGAGGGCGCGGCGAAUGCAGUGUUUAGUAUACAAGCAGACCACGGUGUCGGCAAGACAAGUGGCUUCUUGUUUGUUGCGGUCAGAAACUCGGGAAACACGGCAACUACGAUACCGUCUCACAUGAUCCUCGACAAGGUGCUUCGAGUAAGUAAAGGCCUUCCGAAAAGUCUAAAAUCCGAGGUGAUUGUCGAUGGUUUCAUGGCAGAUGUGCGGCCGUUAUUCGUCGCACCUAAGACGUCGACGGCCACAAGUCGGACUCUAGAGGAGAUAGAUUUGGAUAAGCAUCUCAUGGCACACCUGCCUGUAGUGCUGUUUAGCGAAGGAAUGUCCGCGCUCAAAAAGCUAGUCCCGGCUAUACACCCGCUGAACAACACAGCGCAGUUCGGCAUUCUACUCCCCAAUAUGUCUACAGCCCCGGGCCAGAAUAUCACCUUCGAGAUCAAACCGAAAUGGCUGGCACAGUCGCCAACUGCACCACCGAACGCGAUCCGCUGCCGGACAUGCGCUCUCCAGUUCUCACGAGGGAAAGGCACACCAGACGACUACAUCUGCCCAUUGCGAUUGAGUAACGAGGGUGUACUUGGAAACAGUGACGUCGCUCAUAUAAGACGUUGGGCUGUGAACGCAUUAUCGCUGCAACUCAAGAACGAUGCAGACACGCAAUUACCACGGGAGGUAAAGCUCGAAACGCUCGUUGACCGCGUAGUUGCAUACUUCAUCAAUGGUGAUGGUCGAACACUACUACUGCAUCUCAAGAAGCUUCAGGCGACGUUGGACUCAGAAGGCAUACUGCAGCGCUACGCACACUCUCGCGACGACGUCAACUUCGUAUACGAUAUUCGCCUCGCUAUGACUUUACGGGACUGCUCGUUGUUUGUGGUUGUGCCUCUCUCUGGUGGCGAAAUCACCUCUAAGCUCGCUGAUCUCGACUUCAAGUCUGCUGAGAAGAUUGAUGAUUGGAGAGAAAAAGAGGCGACUCUAGUCGAUGAAGGUUGGUAUGUUAAGAGCCCUGAAGCACACGAUGUAUGCUUGUUGGCGACAGGGAAGUCGUCAUAG